CAAGCGACAUCCGUCGUUCAUUUUCUCAACCAUCGUGUUCCUCUCAGGAAGAUAAUCUCUUUAGAAACUUCGCACCGAUAAGGUUAAAAUGGCAAAAUGGAUAUACCAUGCUUCUAAAGCAAUUACAAACUGUAUAAAAAGUGUCAGCGUUGCGAGAGAUGCUACCACCGUUGGUUUAUUGACACCGCAGGUUUUAUUACUGCAACAUACAAGGAACGCUAACUUUUAUAUGAGAAGACCAGCUGCGCAAUUAUGGAAAUCUGUUACGAGCGUUAGCAAUGCUGGUAAAAGAAGAGGAAGAGCGAGAGGUGCGACAAAGCCCAGAGAUUUAAAUCGCGGUCAAAAAUUGGGUUAUGGAAAAAUACCAAUCAUGUUUCCUGGACUGAAUAGCCCUAUCCUGCGCGGAGAAUUUGCGAUGCAACAAAGGCGUCUUACGGAGGAAGAACAAGAAAAUUUUACUACUUCGAAAGUUGUUACUAUAGUCAAACCAAAACGAUUAAAAGUUCACCCUUUAAACCGAGGUUGGACCGGAGGUAUGCCAGGUGGGAGGAAAAUUGGACCACCCGAUCCUGUUGAUGACGAUGUCUUCCAUGGAUUCGAAUCUUGGAUAUUAUUUGCCAAAAGUUCAAGUAUCAUGUCGAGUACUAUGGGCAGAUUGAAACGUUAUUGGAGUAUGGUUGUUACUGGAAAUGGAAAAGGCUUGGCUGGAUUUUCACAGGUAAUAGGACGUGAUUUUAAAUCAACCAUAAAUGCAGCUAAAAACAAGGCAGGACAUAGAUUGAUGUACAUCGAAAGACAUAACGAACAUACUGUACUCCAUGACUUUUAUGCGCAAUUUGGAAAAACGAAAGUAUUCGUACAACAAAAACCCAAGGGUUAUGGACUGAAAUGUCAUCGUGUUAUUAAAACAUGUUGCGAAGCAAUUGGUAUCAAAGAUUUGUACGUUAAAGUCGAAGGAUCUACAAACGUCGCCUACAUCGUAAAAGCUUUCUUCAUUGGCUUACUGCAACAGAAAACAUACCAAGAAAUGGCAAAUGAGAAAAAAUUGCAUGUGGUCGAAAUGAGGAAAGAAAAUAAUUAUUAUCCUACUGUACUUGCUUCGCCAUCGGUAGUUCGAACCUCUGAAGAAAUUCCACAAGACGAAAUUUUAGAUUUUAAACAGUACGUAAUGAAUGGAAGAAUUCCUUUGCAGAAAAAAAAGACUGAACCAUUUUUCACGAAAUUGCCUUCGUGGUUAUUUCAUUUACGUAAACAAGAACGUCGCAGGGAUCAGGAUCAGGUUAUAAUCAGGUUAAGAGCUCAAUAUAACGACGUGUGUAGUUUUCUCGCUGAAAAAUAUCCGGAAGCAAGAGCUCCUAGAUGGAGAAAACAUGACAAAAAGGAGGAGCAGGAGGAGGAGGAAAGAGCAGUUGAAGCGUGAUAUUUCUAUAUUAAAUAUGAAUAGUUUGUUAGAAAUGUAAUUGAAUAUUAAACGUGUAUUCGGUAAUAACCAGUAAUAACAAAACUAUGUGUAA